ACGUCAGACUAUCUCCAUACAAUAUUUAAUGUAUAACUUUUUAAUAUUUGGGAGUUUUUUCUAUACUUUCUGGUUUUAUUUUUCUUAUUGAUUUCCUUAUUGAUUUCUUUAGCGUGCGCUAAAGUGCUCCAAAUUUUCUUGUAAGAAGCGAACGGAGUACUUGUAUGAGAGAUGGAGCGAGAGAUUUUCGCAUACGCUAGAGUUUAUCUUGUUUUGGCAAUUCUUUCGCGUACGCUAAAGUGCUCUACAUUUCCUAUAUAUAAAAGAAGCAACAGAAGUGACUUAUGAAGGAUGAAUGGAACAUCUCUAUGUAUAAGUACUCCGUUUGCUUCUUAUAAGAAAAUUUGGAGCACUUUAGCGUACGCGAAAGAAUUGCUCUUAAAAAUACUAACGUGCCCGAAAAGUUUAUAUCUAGCGUGCGCGAAAGAUCUAGCGUACGCGAAAGGUUGAUUUUUCUAGCGUGCGCGACAGAUUUAGCGCACGCGAAAUUUUCCCGGAAAAUUUAUUAGUUGAUUUCACACGCUACAAAGUUUUCGCGCACGCUAAAUUACAUUUCGCGUACGCGAUAUCGGCCGAGGAGACACACUCAUAUAUUUAUAAGUGUCCGGCAUUUAAAGAGAAUUUUACAGUGUCUUGGUUUAAGAAGAAAAGGUAUUGAGGAAAGUAGCUUGGAAGAUAUUUGUGCUGCUAUAAUUGAAGAAUUGGAUGGUAGUGGUUGCUGCGUGGGUUAUAAAACAUUGUGGCGACGUUUACAGCAACGUUUAUGGCCUUAGUGUAUAUCGCUACACAGUUUUGGAGCUGUUACAUGUUUUAGAUCCUGAAGGUAUUAAUGAUAGGCUACGUCACAGGCUGAAAAGACGAGUAUAUCAUGUACCUGGUCCCAAUUUCUUGUGGCACAUAGAUGGGUACGAUAAACUCAAGCCCUAUGGCUUUGCAAUCCAUGGUGGGAUUGACGGAUUUUCCAGGAAAAUUCUAUGGUUAGAGGUAGCCAGUACCAAUAACAAGCCAGAGGUUAUUGCAUAAUAUUAUUUAAAAACCCUACAACGGAUGAACUUAAUUCCAACUUUAAUACGAUCUGAUCAUGGGACUGAGAAUUGUUGGGUCGAAUCUCUUCAUCAAGCUCUGCGUCACAAACACGAAGAUCAGUUAUCCGGACCUAAAAGUUUUAUUAAAGGCAAACGUACUUCAAAUCAGGCAUAUUGGUCUCAGAUGAGACGUCAAGGUGUUCAUUUCUGGAUCAAUUUAUUCAAGGAUUUGAUUGAUGCUGAUUUGUUUCAUGACUCUGAUCCUGUACAUGUAGAGCUGUUGAGAUACUGCUUUGGCCCUCUUUUGGCUUACGAUUUAGAAAUGAUAAAAAUAGAAUGGAAUCGACAGCGAAUAAGAAAACAAAAAUGUCGUGAUUUGGUACCAGGGAAGCCAAAUUGUUUAUAUUACAAUCCAGAAAUGUAUGGGAGAAGAGAUUAUAAAAAAUCAGUUGAUCAGCAUGAAAUUAUAACAUACUUACAAGAAUUCACCAUCAAACCACACCUUUUUCAAUCACUCACUGAAGAGUUGGUAAAACUUUUAAAAGAGGAUGUAACGGUACCAACUAGUAUAGAAGCAGCCUUAUAUCUUUUUGUCGAACUUACAACUUUAACAGAUGAAUACCAACAGGAGAAUAAUUGAAAGCAAUAUAGAAUCAGAAUGCCACCAGUUUAAACCAUCGCCUGUUAGGCUGACUAAAAAUAUGUACCAAGCGUCGUUAGUCUCUGCUGUAACUACUUUAAAAACGUUAAGUAUUCAAUAGCUAUUUAUUAUUGUUUUUUUAUAUAUUUACUUGGUUAUUUUUCCUAACUAGAUAGCCUACCCGUAGCCGAAUUAUAAUCACAAAAAAGUGCGUUACGGCAAGUUCGAGAGAGAGAAAGACACAGAUGAAAAGGGAUAGUAAGAGCAGACGCUCCGAAAUUACUGUGUGUGCCAGCCGUCCUAUACUUACCGAAAAUAGGAUUCAGAAGGGAGAGAAAGAGAGGAGCUCAGCACCGGAACUCUGUGUGGCAGAGUCGUUUUUCUCUCGUUUCCGGACUUUGACUUUGAGCUCAGUGAACCGGGAGCGAGAGUCGUGAACUCUGCGACGCAGGAAGAACUUGGAAUUUUUGGAUUUUUAUUUUGUCAUCGGAGAGACACGCGCGCGAAGACGAAUCAGUUGGGUCGUUGACGAUCGAGUUUGGAGUGUUUGCUUUGAAUCUGGUCUUAAUGACACGUUCUUUACGCUCUAGCGAAAAUUCAACUUACUUUGAACUACGUGAAAAGAAGUUAAUAUACUGUAGCAAUAUUUUGAGAUGCAAUAUCUUUUUGUACUUUAGAGAGAGCGAUUUUGAUAACUUUACAGUAAAUAUGAAGGGACUAGUCGAGACGCUGGCGGUACAAAGAUAUAACUUUUGAAAUAAUAAACGAUGAGAGAUUGUAGUUAAUACCAGAUCGGCCAUGACGCGUAAAAUUUUUGUCGGAUCGGUGAUAAUUGUACAGUUGAAAACUAAUAACUUUCUCUCGAUGUAACCGAUGAUAGUUGUACGUGUAAUUUAAUUAUUAUGUCAACGUGCAAUCUAUAAUACGUAAGCAGAUAGG